AUGGCUUUUAUCGAGACCAAAGUCUUGGGAAACGUGUUAGCUGCUCUCAGAAGAGUGGCAGCAAAUCUGGAAGAUGUGAAACCUGGGAAAUCUUGGAGCAGUGGCAUGCUUUUAUACGGCGAUCAAAAUUUAAUUACACUCAACGUAGGAGGGCAGAUAUUCAACACCAAAGCGUCAACUUAAAGAAAACAUCCAUAUUCAAGACUGGCAAGAAUGUCGAAUGGUAAAGAGCUACAUUUUAAUGUCACCAGUGGACACCUUUUCGUAGUUAAGGACUGGGACCUUUUAAGCACGGAGUAUCCAAGGAGCGGUCAAAUCACACUACCCAGUGACUUUUAAACCGAAGCACUGUUGUGUGAGGCUGCAUUCUAUAACCUUCAUGAUCUUGCUAACUUUCUGAGGAGAGGUUGACACCCGAAAACUUAGGUUCUGGAGUUGCGCGUCGCCGUCCGAGACACAUCCAGGUUCUUUACAAUACCGUGGUCUCAUAACAAGACUUCCGAAGCUUUGCCCGCGAGAAUAUCUAUAUUCGUGGAAGUCCAUGUCGGCCAAACCGCAAGUCUACAAGUAGAGAGACCUUCGCAUCAUGACCUGGUUUUUCAGUGUCGUGUUGAUGUCCUCACCAAGAAAUGUUCGACUGCAAGAUUUGUCAUCAUUACACCAGACGACCGAAAACUUUUUAACUGCACCAGUGUUCUCGAGCUGCUGGUUGACACAGUUCUGAAGCAGGGAUUCCGUCUCAUCAGCAAAAGGACAGUUUCGGCUGAUUACAAAAUCGAGUGUUACUUGAUUGAGAGGCGACAGACUUCAGAUUCUUUAAGUACCUGCAUCUUCACCAAAGAUACCUUUGUAGUCGGGGAAGACGAGAGACGACCAGUAAUCUCCCCCAAGAGGACCCAAAACACCGCGGACGGGAUCGGCUAG